AUGCCUUCACCCCACUGGGACAGAAUUUUGGUUGGAGUCACCUGUUGUGUAGUGACUGUGGCCCUUUGGGCUCUGUACAUUUGGCAGCUCCUCAGGUUCAAAGCAGUUAAUUUUUGUGACUACAGUACUGAGACUGUGAACAUUUCUGAAAAGUAUAAAUACCUUACUUUUGAACAGAUUAUAGUGGGUAAAUAUGACCCCUCCACAAAGGAAUGUGCACCUGAUACUGUGAAUUGUAAUGCUCCAGUAGAAAUCCUCAUGUGCUCCAGAGAAAGGAAAAAUUCUACUUUAAAGACUCCCCAGAUUCUGAAUUCCAAUGAAAAUCUGGACUCUUUAGCAUCACAGAUAAUCUUAAAGUAUUACUUAAACAGUUUCUGCGACUCUGCAAUGUCCUGGGGAAAAAAAAAUGGGGAGUGGAAACAGAAAAUUGAGGAAGGUCUAAUUAUUGCAAGUAACACUCAAAUCCUCAGCUGACUGACCAGACAGAACAUCACUGCUGCUGCAAUCAACACAGUGCAGAUUAUGAGAAAGCCAAAUGUUUCAGAAGACUUUCAGGCAUCUGUGGCAGUAAUGGCUACAGUGAGUCAGCUCUUGGACGCCAACAAAACAGGAUUUAUCUACAAUAAUCUUGUCAAUGCCACAACCAGCCUCAUGAAAGUAAUGGAGGUAUUAUCUUUGACUGGUAACAUCUCACAGCCCAAUGCUGCAAUCCAGUCUGCUCCACUGAAAUUAAGCUCCUCUGUGAUUCUGGUUUUGGCACAGAGAAAUAAAUCCUAUACAGUGCUGGCAAAAUACCAGCCAACAAAACUAGAAAUACAGGAAAAUGUUCCUGGGCUUAUUGGUGACCUCAGUACUGAAGUUCAGAUACUGUUCAACAUUAUAAGUUCAUCAGACAGUGGCAGAGCUGGAUUUGUCCUGUAUCAGAAUGACAAAUUCUUCCAGGCCAGGGUUUAUCAGAGUCUCCACUGGUGGAGACAAAAAUGAGUCAUCUCUGGCAACAUUGGUGGUGGAGUAGUGAGUAGUGUUGAAAUAGCCUUCAGUCCCAGGAAAUUUAUCUCAUUUCUGAUACAAUUGGUUUUCUGGGCAUUUCAGAUAAAAUAUAAAUAUACAAAGCCUUUGGAUUCUAUUUCUUAUAUUGGUAUUGGAUUGUCCAUGACUGGUGUGGUUAUUACCAUUUUGUUUCAAAUACUCACUAGGAAAACUUGAAACUUAUCUGUAAAAUGGAUGUUAGUGAGUCUCUGCUUUUCUUUGCUCAUUUUUAAAAUCAGCUUCAUCUCUGGAACUGAAAAUUAAACUUCCAGGAAGUGCAGUGACAAUACCACCAGAUGCUUCCAGCAAUACCUCCCUUAUGAUGCCAGUUCCACCUCACUCACCUGUGACGUGGUGGAUCCUCCUGCAGACUCCUGGUGCACAGCUGUGGCUGUCCUACUGCAUGCACAGUUUUGUGUUGGCAGCAUUUCUGGGUCAGCACUCAGUUCUGCACUGUUGUACUUAUUGCUGCUCAGAGCCAUGAAACUGCUGCCUGGACAUUUCCUUGUAACCAUGUCAGUAAUUGGAUGGGGAAUCCCUGCCACAGUAGUUGCAAUAACACUGCAAGUUAUUGCUACUGACAGAGAAGGAAAAGCUCUAAACUACCAAGGAAGAAUUUUUUGCUGGCUUGCAGCACUGGACUAAUAUCAUUUCAGUGUGUAAAAGCCCAUGUUGUGGUCAUUCCUCUUGCCAGUAGCACUCAUACUCCUGUUUAACAUCUUGAUCUUUAUCAGGAUCAGUAUCUCUGUGGUAUGGAAGAAGAUUAAUUUGAUAAGAAGAAAUAGAAAGGAUUCAUUAACGAAAAAUAUGAUUAGCACUGUCUCUAUAGUGGUAGUGCUCAGGAUCACCUGGAUGAUUGGCUACCUCAUCUUAAUAAAUAAUAAAAAAACAAGUCUUGUUUUCAGCUUUCUGCUUUGCAUUUUAAAUGCUACCCAGUCCACACUUUCAUUUCCUCUACAAGGACUCCAGAUUUGUAUUCUGUUCACUUUCAGAACACCAUUCUUCAAAAAAAAAAGAGUUCCCAAAGUGUUUCUUGUUUUCAAGGUACCACUAUAUCUGCAUUCAAGAACAUAAAAUGUUUCAAAAUCACAGCCUGAAAAACAUUCACAGGAAACUUUCAGAUCAACCCAGACUUUUUCUGACAGUAUUUUCUUGUCUACCUUCCCAAACUGGAACUAG